ACAUCUGUAGUGGUUUCUCUCUCUCUCUCUUCCUCUCCCUCUCUCUCUGGUCGGGGGUCAAAGGAGAAGCAGCGUGGAAGAAUGUCGUCCCGGGCAACAGGGAACCAGACCUCCUCCUUCGGGGCCACAGAUGACUAUUCCUAUGGCAGCUGGUACAUCGACGAGCCCCCCGGCGGCCAGGAGCUCCAGCCAGAAGAAAUGGUGCCCGCCUGCCACCCCAGUGUGCCACCCAGCAUCCUCCAUGCCUGCCUGGCCGUGCUGUCUGUGCUCGUGUCACUGCUGCUGGCCAUGCUACAGCAGCGCCGCCGGCUCUGGCCCCAUUGUGGGCACGGCAGGCCCGGAUUGCCCAGCCCUGUGGACUUCUUGGCUGGGGACAGGCCCCGUGCAGUGCCCACCGCUGUCUUCAUGGUCCUCUUCAGCUCCCUGUGCCUGCUGCUCCCUGACGAGGACCCGCUGCCCUUCCUGACACUGGUGUCACCACCCAACCGAGAUGGGGAAAAGGAAGCUCCAAGAGCGGCCUGGAAGCUGGUGGCCCUGCUCUACUACCCUGCCCUGUACUACCCCCUGGCCGCCUGUGCCACGGUCAGGCACGGAGUUGCACACCUGCUGGGCAGCGCCUUAGCCUGGGCUCACUUCGGGGUCCAGGUCUGGCAGAGAGUAGAGUGUCCCCAGGCACCACAGAUCUAUAAGUACUACUCCCUGCUGGCUUCCCUGCCUCUCCUCCUGGGUCUCGGAUUCCUGAGCCUUUGGUACCCAGUGCAGAUGGUGAGGAGCCUCAACCACAGGACAGGCGCAGGCUCUAAGGGGCUGCAGAGUAGCUACUCUGAGGAAUAUCUGAGGACCCUCCUUUGCCGGAAGAAGCUGGGAAGCAGCUCCCCCAGUUCCAAGCAAGGCUUCCUGUCCUGCGCUUGGAUCCGCUUCAGACAUUAUCUCUACACUCCACAGCAAGGAUUCCGACUGCCCCUGAAGCUGGUCCUUUCAGCCACCCUGACAGGCACGGCCGUUUACCAGGUGGCCCUGCUGCUGCUGGUGGGGGUCGUGCCCACCAUCCACAAGGUGAGGGCGGGCAUCAGCACGGACGUGUCCUACAUGCUGGCCGGCUUUGGCAUCGUGCUGUCGGAUGACAGGCAGGAGGUGGUGGAGCUGGUGAGACACCACUUGUGGGCUCUGGAAGUUUGCUACGUCUCUGCCUUGGCCCUGUCUUGCUCACUCACCUUCCUCGUGCUGAUCCGCUCGCUGGUGACACACAGGACCAACCUUCAGGCUCUGCACCGCGGGGCUGCCCUGGCCCUGGGUCCCCAGAGCCUCCACCCCUCCCGCCACGCCAUCUUCUGUUGGAUGAGCUUCAGCGCAUACCAGACUGCAUUUACCUGCCUCGGUCUCCUGGUACAGCAGACCAUCUUCUUCCUGGGGAGCAUGGCCCUCGCCUUCUUGGUCUUCCUGCCCAUGCUUCAUGGCAGGGGCCUCCUGCUCCUGCGAUCCUUGGAGUUCUCGUGGCCCUUCUGGCUGACCUUGGUCCUGGUUGUGAUCCUGCAGAACGCGGCAGCCCACUGGGUCUUCCUGGACACGCACCAUGGGCGCCCAGCGCUGACCAAUCGGCGAGUGCUCUACGCCACCACCUUCCUUCUCUUCCCCAUCAACGUGCUGGUGGGUGCCUUGGUGGCUGCUGGGCGGGUGCUCCUGUCUGCCCUCUACAAUGCUGUCCACCUGGGCCAGAUGGACCUCGGCUUGCUGCCCCCUAGAGCCGCCACCCUUGACCCUGGUUACCACACGUACUGCAACUUCUUGAAGAUCGAGGUCAGCCAGUCUCAUCCAGCUGUGACCGCCUUCUGCACCCUGCUCCUGCAGAGACCCCAGCUCCCGGCGGCACCCCAGGAUGGCCCCAGACUGGAGGAGGAAGAAGGAAUGCUGUUGCUGCAGACGAAAGACCCUGCCACCAAGGCAGCUGGGCCCAGGGCCCACCGAGGCAGGGCCCGCUGGGGUCUGGCCUACACGCUGCUGCACAACCCGGCCCUGCAAGCCUUCCGGAAGCCGGCCCUGUUAGAUGCCCAGGCCAACAGCGCCUAGUCCUAAGGGUGCUGAAGGCCCAGCCACUUGUCUUUAUCUGCGCUGGGGGCUUUCCUUCCCUGGCUCUCCCAGGAUCUCCCCAGACAUGGUGGCCUCUCUGCUUAGCACCAGCUCUGCCAAUAGCUUGCCCAGGAUUGGCGCCCCAGGACUCAGUUCCUGAAGCCAGGGGUCACUGUGCUGGGGUGGAGGUGUGUCCAUACUCCAGCCUUGGGAAUGCUCUAGUCUGCCUCAUGGGCCUCAGGAAUUGAGGACUCUGGAGACAGCAAUCAGCGGUUGAGGCCUGCGGCCCAGGAGGGCCACACCCUCCCCAAGCUGGCUGCCAGGCCUCUCAGCAGUCUUUUCCUGAGCUGGAUAGGUGAUUGGGGCUGGGAAAGCCUCAGAUUCCAGCCUAACCCACCCCCCAACUCCCAGCCUUAGCCUCACCACCCAGGACCAGCUCCAGGGUUUCUGUCUCUCCUCUCCACUUCCCACCCCCACCUCGUGGCCUGCAAGGCGGCUCUGUGCUCCCACCAGCAGCAAAGUCCCAGCUCAAACCAGGCCCCACACUGAGCUGCCCACACUUGAGAGCCAGAUAUUUUUGUAGUUGGUAUGUCUUUAGAUAUUAUGAAAGAGGUUAGUGUAUUCCCCGUAAUAAACUUGUC